CUGGUUUACUAGAACACAUAGAAACAGACCGUUUACCCAGAUGUUGAUGUUGGGGUGGUGCUGGAAAAGGAUGAACCCGGAGCUGAAACAUUUUGAAGCUUCCGUUUAAGGGUCGUGUUUCUGAGACGAGCCAUUGAGAGCUGUCCGUCCGUCUGUCUAAAAACAGCAACACCUGACUAUAAAUAGCCACCAGGGGGGUUUCCUGUUGUGGCCCAACAGCACCAGUGAUUGUGUAAUCACUGCUACGCAUGAAAUAUUAAGCAAGCGGCUGCAGAGAGUAGCAGAGCAACAGACCAUAAUACUGUAGCAAGAGGCACCUGUCAAAGAUCCAGUGAUCAAGGAGAGAUCAAUCUGUUACCAUGGCGUCUGAGCAGCAAAGGGGUGAUGAGCCCUCUCUCCCCAGGGAAGAGGCUGUGUGCCCGGGCUGUCAGGGAGCAGGGCCCCUGGUCCUGCCGUGUGGCCACAGUCUGUGUGAUGCCUGCCUGGGGCUGUGUGAGGGCGAGCUGGGCCAGGGGGGCUGUACCAUCUGCUAUGGCAGAGACCUGCUGGACUGCGUCCUGAAGAGACUGCUGGACUCCCUGUUCCAAGGGCAGCCGCGGCGGGCCAGGGAUGGAGGGGUAGAGGACGGGGACAGGGAGCUGUGUCCUCUGCACGGGGAGAGGCUGACGUUGUAUUGUGUGGAGGACAAGGAGAUGGUGUGUGUGGCGUGUCAGAGCGAGGAGCACGACGACCACGAGUGUUGUCCCACGGAGGAGGCUGUGCACGACUGCAAGAGGGAGCUGACGUCUGCCCUGAGACCUCUACAAGAGAAGCUGGAGGCUCUGAACACUGUCAAGCAGACCUGUGAGGAGUCAGCUGAACACAUCAAGAGCCAGGCACAGCAGACCGAGCGCCUGGUCCAGCAGCAGUUUGAGAAGCUGCACCAGUUCCUCCGAGACGAGGAAGAUGCUGUGAUCUCUGCUCUGAAGGAAGAGGAGCAGGAGAAGACCCAGGGGAUGAGGGACAGGAUAGACAGAACAACAGACCAGAUCAACUCUCUAUCUGAGGCCAUUGAGGUGACGGUGGAGGCCAUGGACACUGGUGAUGACAUAACCUUCCUCAAGAACUUCAAGAGGACCUCUGACAGGACUCAGGUGACAGUACAGGAGCCAGAUGAGGUGACAGGAGCUCUGCUGGACGUAGCCAAACACCUGGGCUGUCUCAACUACAGAGUCUGGGAGAGGAUGCAGGACUUCAUUACGUACACUCCUGUGACUUUGGACCCCAACACGGCUAAUGUCUGCCUGUCUCUGUCUGAUGAUCUGACCAGCCUGCGGUACACAGAGGAGGAGGAGCGACUCCCUGACAACCCAGAGAGGUUCUGUUACUAUGAGAGUGUCCUGGGUUCCGAGGGCUUCAACUCCGGACGACACACCUGGGACGUGGAGGUGGGCGUGAACAGCGAGUGGGCUGUGGGCGUGGCACGGGAGACGGUCUCGAGGAAGGAGUGGUUCACCCCGAGCCCAGAGAGGGGCCUGUGGACCAUCUGCUACUAUGGAGGUGAAUACCGCGCCCGCACGGCCACCGCCACCCCCCUGGUCCUGAAAAGAAGGCCCCAGGAGGUCAGAGUGCAGCUGGACUGGGACAGAGGCAGGGUGAUCUUCUCUGACGCCUCAGACAACACGCUCAUCUACAAGUUCCAACACAAGUUCACCCAUAGAGUGUUCCCUUACUUCUCCAACACCUGCAAGAGACAUCCUCUGAGGAUCUCAGCCGGGAAGGUGUCAGUUACAGCGGAGUAGCUUGGUUCAUUCAUUAAGAGCUGAUUUGGUAAAUCUAUAGUUCAGGGACAUUAAAAAGCUGUUGCUGCAGAACAGGUAAAAACAUUGGCUUUAAAGUGGAUGCACCUUUACUGCAGCAAAGGCAUUUUUAUGCAGCUACGUGACUGCUUUCUGUCUCUCUGGGUUCCAACCUAAAUAAAUAAUUACUGACUCUCUGGGUUCUAAUCUAAAUAGAUAAUUACUGACUCUCUCUGGGUUCUAAUCUAAAUAGAUCAUUACUGACUCUCUCUGGGUUCUAAUCUAAAUAAAUAAUUACUGGCUCUCUGGGUUCCAACCUAAAUAAAUAAUUACUGACUCUCUGGGUUCCAACCUAAAUAAAUAAUUACUGACUCUCUGGGUUCCAACCUAAAUAAAUAAUUACUGACUCUCUGGGUUCCAACCUAAAUAAAUAAUUACUGACUCUCUGGGUUCCAACCUAAAUAAAUAAUUACUGACU